AUGAUCAGCAUCAAGACUGUCGUUACUGGCAUUGCAGUCGGCCUCACUGCCGUCGGCAUGGUCCAUGCCUCUACCACAAUUGCCAGUGGUGACGAGAACCGCGCGCUCUCCAUGAUCAACACUGCUCGUUCCGAGGCAGGUGCCCCUCCCAUCCUUUGGGACAACAACCUCAAGGAGGACGCCGACACCUGGGCCCUUCUGCUCGCCAAACAGGGCUUCAUUGGCCGUGCUCCUGCUCAUCAGCGUGAUGGUGCUGGCGAGGUCGUCGCCUACUUCAGCUCUCUGUCUGAGGACAGCGUGCAAGUCACCAACCCUCUGGUCUCGGCUGUCAAGCUCUGGCUUAGCUUCAAGGACAUGAACAAUUUUCAGACCACUGUCGAGGACUACUACGAGACCCUCAGCACCACUGAGCAGCUCCUCUCUGACAAGGCUACUCACAUUGGUUGCUCUACCCGCCUGGGCAAGAAGGGCCGCGCUGUCAACCCCCUCACUUCUUUCACGGUCUGCCGUGUCUACAAGGAUGUCGAGCCCCCCGCCGUCAUGGCUCGUCAGGACCUCAGCCCCGGCCCCUUCCAGGGCGACAUCACCUUCUUCAGCCCUGGUCUUGGCGCCUGUGGCUGGACUGACAACGACAACUCCAUGAUUGUUGCCCUCUCUCAUAUCAAGAUGGGCUCCCAGUCCAACGGCAACCCGCUCUGUGGCAAGACCGUCCGCAUUCAAGCCGAGGGCAAGUCCGUCGACGUCAAGGUGACUGACAAGUGCAUGGGAUGUGCCGUCAACGACAUUGACGUCAGCCCUGCUGUCUUCAAGGCUCUUCUGGGUGACCUUGGCCGCGGUCGCGUCGGUGGUGUGACUUGGACUCUUGUCUAG